UCUCUCCUCUCUGUCGCUGCCGCCGUGCUCUGUGGGCAACUCCUACUACCGCUGGGCUGGGCUGGGCUGGGCUGCGCCGGGCGGGCGGAGCUCGCCACCCAUCGGCUCCUGCAGAGGAAGCUGCUCUCCGACCAAGCCUCGGGAGCCAAGCAAGCUAGUGAUCCGCCAGAUCCACCAGUGAGCUUUGGACCUUGAAAACUGAAGAGAGUGUCUGAAAAGCCCAUCCAGCACUCCAAUGGCCAGCAACAACACCGCCAGUAUAGCACAAGCCAGGAAGCUGGUAGAGCAGCUGAAGAUGGAAGCCAAUAUCGACAGGAUAAAGGUGUCCAAGGCGGCUGCAGACUUGAUGGCCUACUGCGAGGCACAUGCCAAGGAAGACCCCCUGCUGACCCCAGUCCCGGCCUCAGAAAACCCCUUCCGAGAGAAGAAGUUCUUCUGCGCCAUCCUUUAAGUCUCUGAGAGGAGGCUGAAGAGCCUUGGGGCUCCCAGGACAUUGGUGUAGAGUUUCUAGCAAAGUGGGCAUCUUUCUCGUCCACAGCAUUUAAAGAGAGGAAAGAGAACCAUCCUGGACACUCUGGGCUGUGCAUGUUUAAAGAACUGGUCCCCUUAUAAGAACGAACGAUCCACAUCCUGACUUUAGAGAUCUGAUUCUGCAGAUCUGCCUGGAGGAGGGGAACGUAUAAAAACUAAAAUUGGUGUCAUUUUUUUCUGCUGUUCCCCCAUGACCUUCCAUUUCAUAUUUUAAAAAGUAAACAUCAAAACAGACAGGUGUCCUGAGCUAAGAUAAUGUCUGCCCUUCUGGGAAUGAAUAUUGUCGUGCAAGUACCCUCUGAUAGCUGAGUCGUCCUACGUGGUCACAGUUCCAUUUAACGGCAUCCGUGUUUAGUCUUUCGUGCCUUCUUUUCUUUUUCUUUCCUUUUCCCUUUCUCUACCCGUCCCCCAUUAGAGUAAUUGUGGAGCUAAGACUGAACUCCAAGAGUGAGUGAGCACCGGACAUGUUUAGAAGAUAGUCCCCAUGGUAUAUCCUCAUGAUAAUAACAAAAAAGAAAACACACACACAUACACACACAAAUGCUGGUUUUCUGUGUUAUCUCUAUUCCUACUAUUUGUACAUGAUAGCUUUGAUUCUGCAGUGAAAGUAAAUCAUGUGUUGUGGUUGGUGCUUUCGUAUCUUUGUGACAGUUUUUGAGUAAUACUGCAUGAAUAUGUCCCUAUGUUACAUCCAUUCAGAAGUUGUAUUGUUUCGCUAGAAAGCUAGGAAGAGAAGUGCGAGAGAGAAGAUGCAGGAGAAAAAAAAACUCAGUAUUUGAAAACUGAGACCACUUCAGCGCCUUAGCCAUGUCUGAAAUACCUCCCAGUGAACUGCUGUAAGCGCUUCCUCUGUAGAUUUUCCAGAAUCCAAAGCAUUGUGGCUUAUUCAGGAUCCAGGGCAGCGCAAUACCCUUGGCGACCUAAACAAGACACCAGGAAUCCACCAUGACUUGGGAAGGGUUUUGCCAUGCAGGAUGAGCACGUUCCCUCUUUCCCAGAAUUGUGUAAAUUGUAAGCUGAGAAAAUGUCUCCAAUGUUUUUAACUAGAAAAACACAGCCCUCCCUUAUUUGAGUUUCAGAGGAAAUAAACUCCCAGCUCUAGAGAUGGUGCCCAUCCUCAGAAUGCCAGCUCUUGGCCCACUGGGGACAAAGACCCCAAACCCCCUUGGGCAGCAGGGGCAGCCCUCCCAGCUGCCUGUAUCCGAAACGAGUCCGGCUCUUUUUCCGACUGAGAUGGUCUUCAUUUUCGCUCCCCCACCAUUUCAAAGUCAUCAUCAUUUUGUGCUCUACCGUUUGCCAGAGCCUCUCUGCCUUUUACAGUUUCCUUGUGGCUAGGGCACUUUCUUCCCACGAUAAGAUAUUGAGAGCAAUUUUUCAUUGUGGCUGCAGCCUCGUUCAGCCAUGGUAGACCCUGGAAGCUUUUAGCAACUUUUUUCUGUGUCCUUCCCAGUUGAAGAGAGCCCCCUGUAAGUCUUGUUUGCUUUCAAAUCCUAAAAGACCAUUAAAUCCAAAUUAACUAUUCUCUCCUCUCCCCAUUCCCUUCCCCCUGUUUAAAAGAAGGAAGAAAAGUACUUGGAGGGAAGAGAAUAUAAAAAGACUUACUAUGGCAAGGACAGAUUUUGAAACGGACUUGGUAAAUAUUUUCCUUCACUCCUUUACAAUCUUGCUAGUGAAGGAAUAAAAUAUGUCCAAUUAAAGCUCAUGCUUGGAGUGGAGGGUAAGAGGGUUCUAAAACAUUUACGAACAUGCAAGUGCUCUUCUGUCACCCGAAACUUCAGGUGAUCAAACCUUGAGGGUUUGUUAUAGUAGGUGGGAUGCUGAUGAAAACCUAGUGGUGACAAAGAGUUGGCAGAGUCUUUAAUGAACUACAAUAUUAUAGAAUUAGCAAUACUGCGGAGUCCCUAAAACUCUGUCACAUAUUGAAAGUGAGAUGAAACAGGAGUAUGUGGUCGCAUCAUCAACUGUGACUUGGGACACUGUGCUGGUGAGGAGUACAUCAUCAGAAGGAUUCUAUAUUUCCAUGUACAUUUAGGUCUUUGGAGCAAUUAAAGUGGAGUUAUAAUUUUGAGGAUGUACCUUAUACAAGUCUAGCAAUUAAAAGUUAAGGGUGCUCCAAAUUACAAUGACCGUGCUUAGAAAGAGAGGAAGAGAGAAAAUGUAGAGCCCUUUCAAAAUUAAACGUAAGGAAACUAUUUUGGCUUUUUUGCAGCUUCAUGUCUUAUAGUACAGAGCUAUCAUACCAGAAUCAGUUUUGACUCGUUGAUAUUUGUAUUUAUUAAAGAAAAAAAGGGUUUUUUUUAUUUACUUAUGCCUCCAAAGAGCUUAAUUCUUUCGGAAUGUCAACAAUCAUUUUCACCAGCAUAAUUUUAUCUUAGGGUAGUUAAUAGGAAAAUUCAGCUUAAUUAUUUUAUAACCUAGUUUCUAUAUGUCUCUUUAACAUAUUGGAUAGUAGUUAAAAUCUUCCAUGGAAUUAAUAAAUAGUAAAAAUAUACAUCAUAUUUAGAAUGAGAACCCCAUUAAAAUACCUGCACCAUCAUCAAUAUUAACUCCAAUUUAAAUUUUUUAAUUUGAAAGCAAGUAGCAUUUAAUUCAAAUCAUCAGAUUAAAUGAAAAAAAUUAAAUACAAGCCAUUUCCCCAUAUGCUUAUAUUCAUACAAGGAAUUUUGAGAAAAUCAAGUCUGUUGUCCUGAGAGAUUUUUAUACUUUUCCUUUUUUUCUUAAUGCUUGCUUCUAGCUGCUCCUGGCAUUGAAUUUUUACAUAUAGACUACCAUGUCCUAGCCCAACGACUGUUCAAAGCUUCAUUCACACUUUUCCUGUAUAAGAUCUGUGGAUUGUGUCUUUUAAAAAGAAGGAAAUACAGAAAUGUUAAAGCAGGAAAACCUGAAUGUGAUGUGCACAUUUUCAUCCCAUAUGGACAAUGUAUUUGUUUUAAUAAAUGGAAUUUUCAGAUUCA